UUAUAUGUAAGUCAGUGUGAACACCUACUUGUGUGAACGUACCACUGCUGUGACCACCAUGUAGGGAUUGAAGACAACCUCUCCCAUCACUUCCAGAUUUGCUUAGACUGAUAGGAAUUGGCAGUCUAAGCGUUGGUGCUAAUUAUUAUUUGCGGUAUACUGGUGUACAUUAAUUAGUAGAUAACCAAUCAAAAUGUCCGUCUCACGUCGUGGAGGGGAGGAGCUGUCCCUUUUUAGGAUUCCUCCCUACUACUACCUCCAUGUCCUUGACCAGAAUCUCAAUGUCACCCGUCUGGAGAUUGGACCCCAGACCUACAUCCGACAGGAUAAUGAAAGGGUGGUGUUUGGUCCCGAGAAGAUGAUCACUGUGCCCCCAAGGCAUUACUGUGUGAUCGAGAACCCCCAUGUCCGAGAUAAGGACAGCAAGGUUGUGCUGGACAACAGUGGUCAAGCCAAGCUACUUCACGCUGACCAAGAGAUCCGUCUUGCACAGGACCCUUUCCCUCUCUACCCUGGAGAAGUCUUGAAGCAGGUUGUAACACCCCUGAAAGUUGUGAACGCCAACUCCGCCUUGCGUUUGAGAUCGAUCCUUGACUUUGAGUCCGAGGGUGAUGAAAAAAGGACAGCUGGUGAUGAGUGGUUAUUCGAGGGGCCCGGGACCUACAUCCCUCGUAAGGAAGUGGUGAUUGAUGAGACAAUUCGCGCUACAGUGAUUCGUUCAAACCAGGCGAUUCGUCUUCGGGCACGUAAAGAGACCAUUGACCGUCAAGGAACUCCUCGAGUGACUGGUGAGGAAUGGCUGGUCAAGAAGACUGGAGCUUACUUGCCUGGGGCAUACGAGGAAGUCGUCGACAUUGUCAACGCUUUUGUCCUCACAGACAAGAAAGCUCUUCACAUGAGGUCACUUAGGACUUUUAAGGAUGACUUUGGUGUGGUGAGGAAAAAUGGAGAGGAAUGGCUUAUCACCAUGACGGAGACAGAAACACACAUCCCAAAUGUCUACGAGGAGGUUGUUGGAGUGGUCUCCAUCACAACUUUGACGUCCCGUCAGUAUUGCGUUAUUUUGGAUCCCUGUGAUGACUCCGGACGGCCACAGCUCGGUCGCAAGAGGUUGGUCAAGGGAGAAAAAUCCUUCUUCCUCCUGCCUGGUGAGCGCCUGGAAAGAGGCAUUCAGAACAUUUAUGUUCUUGGUGAGGAAGAAGGCCUUAUUCUUAAGGCAACAGAAACAUUUAAGGACUUAGACGCAGAGGAGGACCGUCGUCCUGGAGACAGGUGGAUGAUCCGAGGGCCAAAGGAAUAUGUACCACCCACAGAGGUGGAGGUCGUCCUGAAGAGACGUGCAAUCCCAUUGGACGAGAAUGAGGGUAUCUAUGUCCGGGAUAUCAAAAGUGGAAAGGUGCGUGCUGUUACUGCAGAGACUUAUAUGCUGAACCAUGAUGAGGAACUCUGGGAGAAGGAACUCCCUCCUGCAGUCGAGACCCUCCUUGCCCAAGGAAAGGAUCCUCUGGCUGAUAGGGGUACAAGGGGAUCGAGUUCUGAGACCUUAAAGUCUCGGGACAAGACGAAGGUCGUGACCUUCCGUGUACCACACAAUGCUGCAGUGCAAAUAUAUGAUUACAAGGAGAAGAAAGCCAGAGUUGUGUUUGGUCCCGAGCUGGUCAUGCUUGGCCCUGACGAACAAUUCACACAGCUGAGUUUGUCUGGUGGCAAACCAAAGAAACCCAAUUCUAUUAAAUCUCUCUGUCUGUUGCUGGGCCCCGACUUCAUGACUGAUAUCAUCGUCGUAGAGACAGCUGACCAUGCUCGACUCAGCCUCCAGUUAUCAUACAACUGGCACUUUGAGAUUAAGGACAAGGCGCAGGUCGCUGAUGCCCACAAAAUCUUCAGUGUGCCAGAUUUUGUUGGCGAUGCCUGCAAGGCAAUUGCAUCCAGAGUGCGAGGAGCUGUCGCUCAAGUACAGUUCGACGACUUCCACAAGAACUCAGCCAGGAUUAUCAGAUCUUCCGUGUUUGGUUUCGAUGAAAAAGACAAAGUGCGAGACCAGUUUGUAUUUAACCAGAACUGUCUAAUGAUUACAAGCAUAGAUAUCCAGUCUGUCGAACCCGUCGACCAGAGGACACGCGACGCCCUGCAGAAGUCUGUCCAGCUUGCCAUUGAGAUUACCACCAACUCCCAGGAGGCCACAGCUAGACACGAAGCUGAACGUCUCGAACAGGAAGCCAAGGGUCGUUUAGAAAGACAGAAGAUUAGCGACGAGGCUGAGGCUGAAAAGUCCCGUAAAGAACUGCUGGAACUCCAGGCCAACAGUGCCGCUGUGGAAAGUACUGGUCAGGCAAAGGCAGAGGCUCAGUCCCGUGCUGAGGCUUCGAGAAUUGAGGGAGAGGCAGCUGUUGAGCAGGCUAAACUCAAGGCCAUGGCAAUGAAGAUUGAAGCUGAGUCCGAGCUGGAAAGACUGACCAGCGCUCGGGAGGCUGAACUGAAAUACAUUCGUGAGCAGAAUGACAUGGAGCUCAACAAAUCCAAAGAAAUGUCCCACAUUGAAACAGAGAAGUUUAAGAACAUGGUGGACGCUAUUGGAGCCAACACACUCCAGUCCAUUGCUGUGUCUGGUCCGGAGAUGCAGGUCAAGAUGUUGACUGCCCUUGGGCUGAAAUCUACGCUCAUUACAGAUGGCAGCAGUCCGAUCAACCUGUUCAACACGGCCAACGGAUUGAUCGGAGGUCAGCUGCUACCCGCUAAAAGGCGUCAUGCUCCAGGCGACUCUGAUGAGGAGGAUUAAAGGGCAGAGAACUCUGAGUAACUCCUAUGAGAUUUGACUUCGUUGGUUUGUGUGAUAGCAUGAAUACGAGUUAGUGAAACUCUUGUUCGAUGCGAUUAGUAACAUUGGCUGAAUCCUAUUUACCAUAUUUCUAUUGUUGUGCUCUACAAUCAAUUUGUAGGUUGUAUCAAACAAGCAUCAGAUGACCAUUUACAGGGUUGGUAUGAUUGAAGGCUCUUGUGGCCUACACUCAGAAUAUAUCUGUAUUGCUGGGACCAUAAACAAACUGAGGGUUUCGAGUUGUUUACAGUCACAUACAUGUAAUUAUAUGGAUGUUUGUUUGUGAAUUAGGACAUUGGGGAACAAAAAAUACUUUCAUAAUUUAUUCAAAAAUACAUGUAUAUCUUUUCAUUAUAGACUGACACACCCUUAGUGUUAUUAUAACUUAUUAAGAAAUCUGUGUAUUAUUUAAUAGAAAAUCCUUUAUGAUUUUUUUUAUGCUUAAUUGAUCAAUUGUAUCCUUAUUAUUUCUAAGGACUUGUAAAACAGACGAGUUGUGAGCCUAUUUAAAAAUUUAUCUCAUGCAUUUAUAAAUUCAAGGUAUAUAAUACUAUAUAUAUAUAUAUAUCCUUGUUAUAUUUGUAUAUAACAGUUAUUCAUUAUAUCAUUUGAUUUUGUACUUCUCAUUCAGAUUUUUAUCAUGGAAACAUAUUUAGGGUAAAUGUACACAUGCGGCUAUACCAAGUGCAAUUACAUUAUAUGGUGAGCGUAUAAAGCAUGUGUGAUAACCUAGUGUUUAAUUUCAUGUUGAUAUUUCAGACAAAUUUGUUUGAAACAAAUCCCUCCUCUUUAGCCGUGGAAUUGGAGCGUUGCUUGUUUAAUUUUAAAACUUUAAAAUGAUAAAUGUGACGGACACUGCAAUAUACUUCCGCAGCUAAAGUGGAAGGGUCAAUGUGAUUACCUAGUGUUAAAUUUCAUUUUCAUUCUUUAAAAAAAAAUGUACAGAACAAAUGUGUAUAUAGAACGCCAAUAACCUUACUGCAACUUACAACUGCUUUCAUGUAUUAAUUAAUAUUGUAUUUUAUUUGUGAAUAUUCUGUUAGCAAAUUUCAUACAUGACAGUGCUGACAAGAUUUGAUGUUGUUUACUGGUUUGAAGUUGUUUUUCUUUUGAUAUUGUUUUUCUACAAACUUAGACCAUUGCGUUUUCUCUGUGAUAGAUUCAAUGUACCACAAUCUAACAUAAUAUUUAUUCAUAUCAAAGAAGUUGAGAAACUUUAUGUAGUUCUUCAAAACUUGUCCGUCUUCACUCCGAUUGUGAGUGCAGAAAUGGAUAACAUCUGUUAACUAAAUAUUUCUUGUUUUUGUGAAUCCUAUUAAACUUGAUACAAAAUUUA